AUGCUAUUAGCCAAUCCAGGCCAAUCGCAGCAGCAGCAGCAGCAACAGCCGCCGCCGCCGCCACAGCAACAGCAACAGCAUCCUUCGGGUCCAGGAAUAAUAGUCGCUGCAGCUCAAGCAGCAGCCGCUGCCGCGGCUGCUAACCAACAGAAUCAACAGAAUCAACAAAAUCAACAAAAUCAACAAAAUCAAUCUCAACCUCAGAAUCCGUCACUGGCUCUGGCUCUGGCUCAACAGCAGCAACAGCAAACACGAAAUACUCUUGGCAAUACCUUGAAUGAUACUACCGCUUCAACUUGGUUGUGCGUCGGUUCAUUGGCUGAAGCAAUGGGCGACUUGGAACGUGCCUUGUCCUCGUACGACUCUGCAUUGAGACACUCGCCUAGCAACCCCGAGAUUUUAACAAAAUUGGCCAAUGUCUACCGCUCAAAAGAUGUCUUUUACAAAGCAGCAGAAUUGUACGAACAAGCCUUGAAUUGCAGUCCCGAAAAUGGCGAAACCUGGGGCUUAUUGGGACAUUGCUAUUUGAUGUUGGACGAUUUGCAAAGAGCCUAUGCCGCGUAUCAGCGUGCUCUCUACUACUUGGAAAACCCAAAUGUACCCAAAUUGUGGCAUGGCAUUGGGAUAUUGUACGAUAGAUAUGGCUCGUUGGAAUACGCCGAAGAGGCGUUUGUAAGAGUGUUGGAAUUGGAACCAAACUUUGACAAGGCAAACGAAAUUUACUUUCGAUUGGGGAUCAUAUAUAAACACCAGGGUAAAUUGCAGCCAGCUUUGGAAUGUUUCCAAUACAUUUUGAAUAACCCGCCACAGCCUUUGACCCAGCCUGAUGUCUGGUUCCAAAUUGGCUCUGUGUUGGAACAACAAAAGGACUGGAACGGUGCCAAAGAUGCCUAUGAAAAAGUGCUUCAAGUCAAUCCUCAACAUGCAAAAGUCUUGCAGCAAUUGGGUUGCCUUUAUUCGCAAGCCGAGUCUAAUCCUCCAACGCCUAGCCAGAGCAAUGGUAAUAACCAUCAGCAGCAACAUAGCCAACCUUUCCAGCAAGAUUUAAACAUUGCUUUGAAAUACUUGACGCAAUCGAUUGAAAUUGAUCAAAGCGAUGCUCAUUCUUGGUAUUACUUGGGUAGAGUUCACAUGAUUAGAGGCGAUUUCAAUGCCGCCUAUGAAGCAUUCCAACAAGCUGUCAAUAGAGACUCGAGGAACCCAACUUUUUGGUGCUCGAUUGGUGUCUUGUACUACCAGAUUAGUCAAUACCGUGACGCUUUAGAUGCUUAUACGAGAGCAAUAAGGUUGAAUCCCUAUAUUAGUGAGGUUUGGUACGAUUUGGGAACCUUGUAUGAAACUUGCAACAAUCAAAUCAGUGAUGCCUUGGACGCCUACAGACAAGCUGAAAGAUUAGAUCCCGGCAAUCCUCACAUCAAGGCUAGAUUGGACCAAUUGAUUGAGUAUCAGAAUGAAGGCAAUACUCAUGCACCACAGCCUCCGCCAAGUAUUCAACAGCCUAGAUUGCCACAAGGGAUGGUUUUGGAAAGUAAUCAACAACCUGGUCUGCAAGGUCUACCUGGGCAACCUGGACACCCGGGACAUCCAGGUCAACAGCAAGCACCACCACCACCGGGUGCUCCUCAGUCAGAAUUACAACAUUCCCAGCAACAACUCCCGCAAGCAAUCGGCGGGCUUCCUCAACAUCAACAUCAACAACAUAUCCAAGCCCCCGGGCACUUGGGUAGCUCUGCGGCCCAACAACAACAACAACAAGCACCACCACCACCGCCACCUCAACAAAUGAUGGGGCACCAGCCUUCUCAUUUACCAGCACCUCCGCAAGCUCAUCAACAACAGCCGUCGAUUCCAAACCAACAGCAGCAACAACAGCUUCAUCAACCACCUCCACACCACCAACAACAACAUCAUCAACAACAUCAGCAACAUCAACAACAUCAGCAACACCAACAUCGACAACCACCACAACCACCACAACCACCACAACCACCACAACAGCAACAGCAACAACAACAUCCACCGCCUAGGCCGCAACACCAGCAGCCGCAUCCGGUGCAACAACCUACUCAGCUUCACCAGCAACAACCGCAGGAGCAGCAGCGUGCUCAGCCCCAUCAGGUGCAACAAGAGCAACCACGAGCUCACCCUCAAUUGCAGCAGCCCCAGGGCCCACAGACUCAGCCUCAGCCUCAGUUUGCAGCGGGAUUAGGGCAUUACCAAAGCUUUCCAACCAAUGCACAGAGCCAGCCGCAAUUGCCCCAACAGCCGCUGACUGCACAAUUCUCGGCACCGCACGCGUCUCCACCACCAUUGGCGAACCAUGCUCCGGGGGCUUUACAAAGCCAGGGUUCUGCUUUGCCGCCUCUCGGCCAACCAAGUCAGACGCAAGCUAGCGCGACACUGGGACCCACAUAUCCUGUAAAGAGUGAGAAUAACGACACCAAGCCUCAAUCAAAUGAAGCAAAUGCUGGGCCACUUCAAGCUCAAAAAGAAAGCGAGUCCAAGCUCCCACCGAGAAAGGAGGAGUUGUCCCAGGGCGAACCUACUUUGAACCAAUCGGCAGCUCCUUCCCAUGUGGCUUCGGUGCAUCACGAUGCUACUACUCCUGCUACCACUGCCACCAAUACUACGAAUACUAUUACUACUACCACCCUUGUGCCACCCAAGUCGGAGGAAGUGGCGGUGGCUCCUCGAUUAUCGCUGGAGACAUACGAUAGCUGGGGAUCGGCUACGCAGAAGACCAAUGGUAAACACGAUUUGGAGGAUAAAGGUGACGAAGAAAAGAUUUUGAAGAAACGAAGCGAGGCAUCGACGCCCUUGACAUCAACAAACGCGGAGAGGGAAUCGCAGAAGGGAGACUCGUCACCAAAGCCCUUGCAACUGGAGAUCAAGGUCUCUUCAAAACCACCGGCCGUUGACUUGAGCGAUAAAAAAGUUGAGCAACCGCGAGCAGGAACCCCAUCGUCUGCUGAAGCCCCGCCUAUGACUCAUCACACGCCUAGCGAAACCGAAAAGGCCGAGAGUAGCUCUAGCGAACCAGACGACGUGGAAUCUGGAGCCAUUCCAAAGACUAAAGAAGGGUCAACGGCAGAGGAGCAAAAACCUCACGACGUUAAAGAAGAACAAAAGGAGCAACACGAAGCUAAAGAAGCUAAAGAAGAGCAGCAAGAGCAACAACAACAACUGCAAGAGCAAGAAAAGCAGCAAGAGCAGCAAGAGCAAGUGGAGCAAAAAGAGCAAAAAGAGCAGCACGAGCCAAAAGAACAAAAAGAGCAAGACGACAAGACUGAAAAAGAAGCUCAAGACGAGAAACCAACAGUGGCACUUGGAAGCAACGGCUCGAAAGAGGCCGAAAAGGCGGAAACCGCCGAAGUCAAGAAAGAUGAACCAGAGGCUGAUGCAAAAACUCAAGAACCCAUUGUUGCAAAGAACGUUAAUGGAGAAGAUGACGACGAAGAGGAGGAAGAGGCUCCUAAAAACGAAAACCUCGAGCCUCCAAUGAGACAAGUAGAAGAAGAUGAAAAUUAUGACGAGGACUAA